AUGCCUUCCACACGCUCCCUCAUCCUCCUCUCCCUCGCCACAACCCUCGACCUGCUCUUCCUCACCCUCCUCCUCUGGGCCCUCGCCACCCACAAAGGCGCAAAAAUUUGGGUUUGGUGGGUUGUUGCGCUGGCGCUUGUCCUCCUCACCCAGGGCACUUUCUUUAUCAUGAAGUGGUGCUGGAACCCAGCAUCUCCUGACGAUGGUGGCGUAGAGAUGGGGGAUUGGGGUGAGGGGAUGGAGGAUGAUGGGGCUUUUUUCUGA